GGAACUGGUGGGAACGAUGGCUCUCGAGGGGACUGCGAGAGACGAAUGUUUGAAGAGGAGGCUAUUGCUACGACGACGAGUUUUUGUUUUUACCGUUCGCCCAGUGAUGGGACGAGCGAUGUUUAAGCGGCAUAUACCAUGGCGUACUUUUGUUUUGAGGGGCAUCGGACAUGAAGGAAUGCUGAUCUGGGACGACAGCACGGCGUUAUUGGGCCUCUCUGUGUAAGAGUAGGAGAGCAAACAGAGCUCGACAUGAUAUACCCCCAUUUUACUCGAAUACUACAACAUCUCUACAACAUCCACAACGUCUAUUGCACAUGUUAUUCGCAAUUGGCAGUGUACCUCGUACGAAACACUUUACACCGUUACCUUUCCAAGCAGGUAAACCGCGCUCCCAAGCCACUACCCACGCCUUACCAAGAAAUCCAGGCGCAAACUCACCCGUACUCAGCCCCUCGGCCCCUCCAAUGCUUCGAACAACGCCACACGCGUCCAAGAUGCAUGGCACGCAGAGAGCGGAAAUCCAGUUCCCCCGACCCCCCGAUCCAAUCUAAUUGCAAGCCACACGUGGGUAUUGAGCAUGUUAAGAGCCCAAUGCUUACCGCCGCUCCGCCAUUCCGCUACAUUUGUUUCGACACGUUAUCUACUCACCGCAACGUGAACUUCUUCUUGCGGCAGACUUGCCGUCCAAGACUCGUGCCAAUACCGCCCAGGUUCCGCCGCGGAUUCAUUGUUUGCGCUAUGGGGCUCCGCUCGGGCUUGGGCUGGGGAAGAAGGAAGGGGUGGGAAAAGCAAGGGGGCGGUGGAAUGUUGGAGAGUGUAAACAGAGCACAUGUUUGGAGAGUGGGAUUGAAGGCCUUGAGAUGAGUGGCAAGCUACGAAUAUCCUAAUACAAACCUACCCUUUGUCUACAGCAUCUUGCCCAUCACCUAGUAAACCCGCGCAUUCCUCGUAGUUGGUCAAUCACACCACCGACCCUUCACAGUGACACAAACCGGGUAUCCCCAUCACAACCGCCAAGGCCAACACCAACACGCAAUGCACCAAGAACCCCAAGCAGAGAAUUAUAGUAAUCCUCUCGUGAUGAGCGGAAUAAUCUCGUACCUGCGUGGAUUCCUACGUAAGAAAGCCAAGACGUAUUACGG